ACGUAUCAAGACUGUCGUACGGAUUUCCAGUAUAACAAAUACAGAAUCCAAGAUUUCAUAGUGUGUCGAUAUAUGGAAGUUCGUUCGAACUUUAUGUUGAUAAUGAAUUAAGGACGUUUUGAUGGCGGCGGAUUGAGUGUUGCCUUUUUGAUACCAAAGUUAACACUGCCAAGCUCUGUUGUGUAUAGCACAUGGAUUCUGGGGUUACCUGUGGAACUUCUACAUACACAUCUACUAGUCCAGAUCUAUAUUUCCGUGAUGGCAAACGUAGAACGGAUUAUGUUCUCGCAUAUCGGUAUUCUGCAUCAAAACGUUUCGAUCAGAAUAGGCGUCACUUAUUUUUGAAUGAGUUAGCCAAACAAAAAAUAGAAAUCGAAGUUGAAGAUUGUAAUGGUCGCCUAUUAGGCUCUACUUCAGUUUCACUGGAUGAUACUUCAUCUACACUUACUCAAGCAACAUUUGUACAAAAAAUAGAGUCUCAAUUAUCAUCAUCAUUGUCGUCACCGCCACCACCACCACCACAACGACUACAACCACCGACUACAAUUGUAGAAGAUACUCCACAAUCUCCUAAUCAUAUACCAUCUGAUAAAUAUGCUGAAUCAGAUAAACCAACAGAUAAUACAAGUCCACCAUCGUCAAUGGAACGUUAUCGUCAUAAAGCGUUGAAUGAUGAAGAAAUCCUGCUGACACCGGAUAAUUUAAUCUUUGUUAAAUUACACGCAUCAUGGGAAGCAAUGACAUAUUAUGCAGAAUAUCUGAAAAUGCGUAAACCAUUAAGACAGUAUGAUGAUGCUUCUGAGCUAGCCUAUGGUUUGAAAUUUGAAAGUCCAAAAUCUAAGCCUUCAUUGACAAAAGACUGUUUCAAUUGUUUACGAAUUGAUGAAGAAAUCAUUAAACCAAUUACAUCAUGUUAUACUUGGCCAUUUUCAAUGAAUCGACAAUAUUUAUUCGAUAUACCAGAGAAUAAGGAUGAAUUUUUCACUCCAGUCGAACGGGCGCUUGUCUUAGAUUAUAUUCUUCGUCGUACUGGUUAUAAAGCAGAAGAUUUAGUCAACACAGAUGACUUAUAUGAGCCUAGUGCCAGCGAUAUUCUGGUGAAUUCUGAACAUGAUGAAUGCGUCGAUCCAAAAAAUCAACAACAAAUGACUUCAUCUUCAGCAACAGCUGCGAAAAAUUUAGGCAUUACUAAAUUAAUUUCAGAUGGAGUAUUCUUAGCUGCUUAUCCAUUACAUGAGCCGGCUGGUAAUACAGUUGCAUCAACGGAAUUCAAUAAUCGUAUCCUAUUACAGAAUUAUUGGGCUUCAUAUAAAAUGUUGUUCAAAUGUCAACCAAUUAGUUAUAUACGACAUUAUUUCGGUGAAGCUGUAGCAUUUUAUUUCGCUUGGCUUGGAUUUUACACUGCAUGGUUAUUACCGAUUGCUAUUCUUGGCAUAUUUGUCUUUCUUUUUGGAUUAAUCGAUUUAAAGAAUGAUUCUAUUAUACAUGAAGUAUGCGAUCUUGGCCAGAGUGUAAUUAUGUGUCCAUUAUGUAAAUCAUCUAAAUGCAAAUUUUGGACAUUAGAUACAUCAUGUUUACGGACAAAACUGAUGCGAUUAGUAGAUCAUGAAGGAACAGUUGUAUUCGCUGUAGUUAUGUCUUUAUGGGCUGUUAUAUUUUUUGAAAUGUGGAAACGUAAACAAGUUUCAUUAGCUUAUCAUUGGAAUGUUAGUUCACUGGAACCAAUGGAUCAACCACCUAGACCAGAAUUUAUGGCGUUACUUAAUAAAAAAUGCCCUAGAAGAGUUAAUCCGAUCACUGGUUAUGUUGAACCGUUCAUACCAUUUUGGCGUCGGAAAAUACCAGUUAUUCUAAUCACCUAUUCUACUGUCCUGCUGGCUGUUAUGCUUACAUUAGGUUUCCUUGUUAGUGUUGUCUUAUACAAGUUGGUUAUCAAGGCAAUGUUAUACCGACAUCAUAAUCCAAUGCUACAAAGUACAGCUGGUAUGAUCGCUACAAUGACUGGAUCAUGUAUUAAUUUAGUUGUAAUCUUCAUUAUGAAAUUAAUUUAUGAUCGUAUGGCUAUCAAGUUGACAGAUGCUGAAAAUCAUCGUACACAAGUGGAAUAUGAUAAUAGUUUAACAUUGAAGUUGUACUUAUUACAAUUUGUUAACUAUUAUUCCUCUGUAUUUUAUAUUGCAUUUAUACAAGGCACAACAUCAGCCCUUCCCGGUAGUGAACAUAUAUUGAUUCAGUCAACUGGAUGUGAUCAAGGUGAUUGUUUAUUUGAAUUGUUCAUACAAUUAGUAAUAAUUAUGGUUGGUAAACAAAUAUUUGGUUUUAUCCAGGAGUCUUUAAUGCCUGUUUUAUGGAAAGUGUUCUUUAAAUUUCGUGCAAUGAAACGUAGAAGUACUGUUUUCGCUAAAGUCAAUAGUACUGAUGGUGAGAAUAAUGUUGUUGGCCAAAAACCAGAUAAUCUACCGACUAAUAUUGUCAAUACACAAUUUAGUGGGAUAUGCAGACGUAAUAUUCUUUGUCGUUCUGAUUUUUAUAUGCUUGAUCCUGGUUCUAGACCAUUGUUCAAUGAAUACUUGGAAAUGAUGAUUCAAUACGGAUUCAUUACAAUGUUUGUUCCUGCAUUUCCAUUGGCUCCAUUAUUUGGUUUAUUGAAUAAUUUAUUCGAAAUUCGUGGUGAUGCUAAAAAAUUAGUUAAUCAAUAUCGUCGUCCUGUUCUCGAAAGAGUUCAAACAAUAGGUAUUUGGCUAACAAUUAUUCAUGUUCUCGCGAGUAUCGCCAUCCGAACAAAUGCGUGUAUUAUUGCAUUCACUACACAAUUUAUUGACCGAUGCGUCUAUCGAUAUUCUUACAGUCCAGAUGGAAGUAUGAAAGGCUUUGUGAAUUUCACUCUUUCCUAUAUGUCAACAAAUCGUUUUCAUCUACCAACUAAUGAAACGUAUUGCAGAUAUGACGCAUAUCGUACUGCACCAUGGUCCCCUGAACCCUAUGCUUUCACUACAGUCUAUUAUCAUGUUUUGGCGGCUAAAUUUAUUUUUGUCUUCGCUUUUGAAACUAUAGGAACUAUACUAACAAAUAUAAUUAUGGCAGCUGUACCAGAUGUACCAAAGCAUAUUAGACGAGAAAUGUAUCAUGAAGCCAAUAUAACUAAUGCAAUUAUCUUGAAUGCUGAAGUCGGCAAUCAACAAUACAAUCGUACAAUAACUAAAGAUGUCAAUUUUAAACAGAUAAUUAUGCUGAAACAUUUACAAGAUAAGCUACAAUCAUUUAGUAAGCCGAAAAAUCGUGAUGAUGAUUAUACUGGUAAUAAGGAUAUAAAUGAUGCCAAUGAUGAUAUUGAUCGUAGUACCAUGGAUUUGAAUACUACUACCACUAAAACUAAUACGAAUAAUGACAGUACAUGCCAAACAACUUCUAAUCCUGUUGUAUACACAUUUCAUAGCUAUGAAUUACCAACUGAUGGUUCACAGCGAACACAAUUUGCAUCGAACGGACUCUUCAAUGAAUAUAUUAUCAAGCUGUGCAAUCGUAUAUAUACGUGAUUUUUAAGAAACCAUAUCCCAUGAAGAAAUUUAAACAAAAGGUUUGGAUACUUUUGAUACUAAUAAUAAUGGUAAUGUGAAUUACUACGAAAUAUUCGUGAUUAUAAUGAAAUUCAAUAUCAGGCGAUAAAACAAAUCAUGUAAAGCUCAACCUCCAGUUACUGUCAUAGGCGACUAACUGUUCUCUUACCUGACUUUGUGGACUUCUCACUAUAUAUACUGCCUUGUAAUCGGAAGACCCUGGGUUCGAACCCUGGUUGGUGUGUACCCCUGGAGAUUUCCGAACUAGGAUGAGACAGUUGUCCAGUAGUCCUCGGUUUCCAGUGGUUCUCUAACUGACAUUAACUCUGAUAUCUGGAUCCAGUCAAAUCCCUGCAAACUACCACUCGAUAAACCAAAUUAGAUCAUACACAAAGUAGUUCAUAGCAUAUAUAGAUCUUGAAAAGGAUUAUCAAAUUAAACAAGAUCUACUAUGCGGCAAGUUGAUAAAUAUGAUAAGGAUCAUAAAAUUGACAGCAAAGUUAAACUAUCACGUCCCACGGGAUGCGAACGUACAAGUGACCUUGAGCAGACCAGUCAUAAAAUAGGUGAUCUUUACACACAAAAAAAUCACGUUUGUUUACAAGAAAAUACAUAAAAACGCAUUAAACAAGGUGUCUUUCUCUGACAUGACCUCCCACUUAUAAUGAGGAGUAUCAGUUUUUAAGUUCGACCAGUUUCUGUACAUGUAUUCACUGAGGUAACUUAAGGUCAGCUGAAUUUGUGACCCGUUUGUCGUCGUUUUCCUGUUUUGCAGUCUUCUCCAAAAGCCCUCGGUUGAAAUACUAUGGUUUCCAUUAAGAGGAUCGACGACUACUUACUAGGAAAAUGUGAAUAAUAAAACAAAUUUAAAUAAGUAAUACCUACUCCAUACCUAUCCCUAAUCGUAAUCCUAACGCUAAUCUUAAUAAUAACUCUGAUCCUAACCCUAAAGAGCUAUUAAUGAAUCGUCCGGAUCUGGGUAACAUUUGCUCCUUAUUUGGUGAAUAGAGUUCAAUAUUAGCGCUAUAAAUAAUGAUAGGCCUCGUUAUCCAAUGACUAGCAUAUGUUCAAGGUCAUUAGGGGCGUUCACACACCUUGAAGCUGAUAGUUUUGUAACGACAGAAGACAAGAGCCAGGCAACAGAUCGUUUAUUGAGAAAAUCAACAGAUAUUUAUAGACUUUGAUGUACAUUAUUAUAGGUUAUUGGUAGCAGAGAAACAGCGUCUUCUGAUUGGUUGUUUUCCUGCUGAAGGUUAUUCUACCACCUCUUUGUUGUUAAUCUUAUCCACCCACGCUAAGUCUGCUGCGAUUGGUUGUUGAGUUAAUCUUUGUUCUUGUUUUUUCUCAUGACCCUGAUUUGAGGUGUAAACAUCGACGUAAAUUGCUGUCUACCAGUUUAGGCUAGCAGACAGCUCUCACCACAGUUUAACUUUGCAUAAUAUUCUUUUUCGAAUAAUUUAUAUCUCUCUCAUAUCCCCACACAUCUUUUUUUUUAUUUUGUCUUGGACUUGAUCUUCUUUCUUUUUUCCAGUUAACGCAACCAUCACCAUCAACAUAUCUCCUGCCGUAUUCAAAUAAUCUGCCGCAUAUUGGAUUCAGUCAUUUAGAGAGUAAUACAAAUAAUAAGAGCAGUGGUAGUAGAACAUAAUGUAGUGACAUCAUGUAAUUCCUAUUUAUCAAUUCAUACAUUCAUACACACGUACAUAAACGUGUAUGUAAUAUGAAAUGAUUUCAUUUUAGAAUUUUAUUCCCUUAUAUUGCUUGCGUUUUUUUUGCGUAUUUAAAAGCUUUAUAUUUUAUUUUUAUUAUCGGCUUAACUUUGCAAUAUAUAUAUACAUACAUCGAUUAUUAUUUACUUCUGAUUGCUUUUGUUUUUGUUUUCAUUACUGCUGCGCCCUUUUUCCUAUUCUCUCUAUUUAUUAUCAUGAUCCUAAUGCCCUUUUGUUUGCUAGACUCCUUAACUUUCUGUACAUAGAUGAUUCCUAUUAUCAUUACUAUUAUUUUGUCCAAUCAGUUUUCUUGUAACUAAUACUUUGAGUGAAGUGUUGUGUAUAUGAGAUGCCUUGCACUCUUGUACACAGACACACACACACACAGACAGUAUCAAGCAUGUUUCGCAGACAACAGUUCAUCUAACUUUUGUUGAAAAACAAGACUAUACAUUGUGAGGAGAAUCCUUUUUUCAAUGCAGUUAGAUAGACGGAUUGACAACUGGUUAGAUGAUGGGUGGAUAGGCAUGUGGUGCUGUUAUUGUUGUCGCUGCUGUACUAUUUCCCCUUAGUUGCGUAACUGUUUGUUUGAUUUUCUUUUUCUUCUUUAAUUAGUUAACUUAUUUCACCAACGAAGCUACUCUGAGAUGAAAUGUUCACCUCUACUCCUCCUCCUCCUCGUUUUCCUCCAACACCUUUUUUAUUUUUUAAUUUCUUGCUCGAUAAACGUUUGUUUCUUUAAAAAAAAGAGAUAGAUGAAGUGAAGAAACGAGAGAAAAAGAAGGAAAUUUUGAAAAAUGCGCCCAUUUUAUUUUCUUGUAAUGCUUCUACUUUGUUUCACUCAGUUUUAUUUCUUUGCCUGCCCGCCUGCCAGGCCCAUUUUCACUGGAGUGAAGCGUGGAACUCUUAAUUGUUUCUUUUGCUUCAUUAUUCUCUGUUUUUCAUUAUUUUUGCUCAUAUAUUUAUUUAUAGAUUUCUGUAUUCCUAACUAGUUAAUUUCCUUUUUUCAAAUGAAUUAAGAUCUGUUAAUUGAGAUGUAAAUAAUGCCUUAAUAGUCAUGAUAUUAAUAAUAAUAAGCCCAUUAUUAUUAUUUCAUCUCUGAAUAUGUCGUUUUCACUUAUUGACUAAUUGACCUACACACACACAC